AUGGCGGGAAAGAUGGUAUUGUACAAGCUGGUGGUGCUGGGAGAUGGUGGUGUCGGGAAGACGGCAUUAACAAUUCAACUCUGCUUGCAGCACUUUGUUGAGACUUACGACCCCACGAUCGAAGACUCGUAUCGAAAGCAGGUUGUCAUUGAUGGCCAGGCGUGCAUGCUCGAGGUACUAGAUACUGCCGGCCAAGAAGAAUACACAGCUCUGCGUGAUCAAUGGAUCAGGGAUGGUGAAGGUUUUGUACUCGUGUAUAGCAUCUCAUCGCGGUCGUCCUUUUCCCGCAUCAAGAGAUUUCACCACCAAAUCCAAAGGGUCAAGGAAUCCGUCAACUCGUCGCCCUCAUAUCCUGGCUCGCCCAUAUCGGCAGUCAGUCCGUCAGCAAAUGUGCCCAUUAUGCUCGUGGGCAACAAGAGCGAUCGCGUAACAGAGCGGGAAGUUUCGACACAAGAGGGCCAUGCCCUGGCACGUGAAUUAGGCUGCGAAUUCGUUGAGGCUUCGGCUAAGAACUGCAUAAACGUCGAGAAGGCUUUCUACGACGUAGUCCGAAUACUGCGCAGGCAACGUCAAGCCGCCUCGAGGCCAAUGGCAGGGUCGCGACCACAGAAAGAGAAUGGAGGCCAUUCUGGCGGGGGUAAGACAGGCAGAGGGGGGAAGAAAGACCGCGGCGGUCGUUGCGUCAUUUUAUAA